UUAAGAUGGCAUUAGUCGAAUGAUCGUGGAACAAAAUUAUUUAAUGCUAUUUACUUACUUAUUAUAACUUAGAGCCAAUUUUACACUACUUGAAGGCUUUUUCAAUAAAUUGAUUGACACUUUCGGCAAAAGAGUGUAGUGCAGUGUCUCGACCUUUAGUGCGCAGCAUCGACGUUUGUUAUCGCCCUGCCAAGCCAGAGGGGGAGGUGGACACCGCUAGCUUAGCAGGCUAGCGGAGCCAGAGCCACUCCGGAAGUCAACAAAGCCACUAUUUACUCUCCUAUUUGAAUGACAUCCUUGCAUGAUACAUAUUGGGACCACGACAUGGAUUCCCCCGUUUCGUCGACCAUUGGGGAGUUGUUCCUCACCCUGGCUGAAAUGGGCUUUACGGAAGAGCAGAUUCAGAGUGCCAUACAAGCAGGACAUUUUUCUGUCAUGGAUGCAGCAGAGUGGUUGCUACAGGGUCAAAGUCCUCGCCACACGUUGUUGAACCCACAACCUGCACAGCCCACUCAAACUGCAAUAGCUGCAUUCAACCCUCCCAAAGACACAAGCACCUCUGAUUCACAUAUGUCAGGUGACUGCAAAGGCACCUCGUCCAUGCUGGGACCGCCUCAGUCCUGUUCAACGUCUUCUUCAGAUCUUCCACCCGUCGAGUCCCGCAUGAAGCUGGACAAGAGCGACUUCGAGGAGCAGCAGAGGCAGCGUGUGGCUCAGGAGGCCCGAGCAGAGAGAAACAGGAAGAAGCAGGAGCGUGAGCUGGUUCUGAAGCGGAUUGCUGAAGAUAGAAGAAGCCUUCAAGAGAAGAAGCAGACUUGCGCGGCUGCAGAGGCACCUUCUCAGUCCGACCAGGGUCACAGACUUGGAGGAACAGUCCAGACUAAUGUGGAUAAUAACUGCAUCCUCAUGAUUCGAUUGCCCACCGGUGAGUCCAUGCGUGAACGGUUCCCGGCUGACGCCCCCCUGCGCGCUGUGGUGGAGCACAUCAGCGGGCGUUACCCAUCCCUGCCCUCCUUCUCGCUCCUCCAGGGGUUCCCACGGAAACGCUUUGGCGAGGCGGAGCUUGCCUGCUCGCUGCGUUCUCUGGGACUUACCCCGAACGCUGCCCUUUGCAUUCAGACCACUCCACCUGAAACGCCGCAGGAUCCGCCAAGUCCUGCGGAGCCGCCUGUGAUAGAGAGGGAGAUCCCCCCCAGUCUUGUCCUACCUCAGCCACAAGCCCCCCCUCAGGAGGAGGCUGGAGACCCCGAGCCUGCUGUGUUACCACCACCACCUCUACCCAACGAGGUGUGGGAGGAGGCAGUGAAUAUGGCAGGGAUUCCUGGAGCUCCUCCCAUCGCUAGAGCAUCUCACCACUGGGGGCGGGGACAGAGACUAGUUCCCACCCCACGUGAGGGGUCGCUGCAAGUAGUCCUCUCUGAUAGUGAGGAGGAAGAGGAAGAGCCUCCAAAUUUACUGAACGGAAUGCCAAGGCUGCAUGACUUCCCAGAGAGACCCCGCGGAGGACUACGGUCCAGGCAUCACUGGCCAGAACAUGGCAACCGGCUCAGGGAGGCAGCAGAAGAUGACCAGGUGGAGCCGGACGAGGCAGGAAUGCAAGUGGCCCCUGUAGCAGCAGGACUGGCUGCCGUCGGCCGCUUCCAACAAGCUGCCCAGCGAGAGGACGCCAGUCCCUCCCAGGAGGAGCCCCUGCCUCCGAAACGACCCUUCAGAAACGCCGCUGUCGGCUCGCUGUGUGCCUUGGCCACCCGCGCAACGGUCCAACUCAUGACUGCUCCCAGCAUGCAGUACAGCAGCAGCCUGGCGGGUCUGACCCCACAGCUGGCCGAGCUUCUGCUGGACCACAUGACCCGAGAGAGGCUCCUGCGGCCACGAACGCUGGAGCUCUUCUUCGGCUGUCAGCUGCAGAAGCUGGUCCUGGACUGCUACCCCUACUCCACCAACGAGCUGCUGCGGCAGCUACGAGCCUUCACCUCCCUCAAGCACCUGAGUCUGCUCUGCUCGCCGCUCAUCACCGACUCAGGUCUGUCCAUCCUGUCAUCUUUGGUGAAGCUGCAGCACCUGAACUUGGCCGCCUGUAGCAAACUGACUGACUCGUGUCUGCAGCACAUCACAGGUUUGAAGAACCUGUGCUUCCUGUCUCUGGACCAGACCAAAGUCACAGACGCUGGGAUGGUUCUGUUCCUGCAGUCGGCUCCGUCUUGCUUGACUCAGCUGAGCCUGAACCAGACGGCCAUAACAGAGGCCACGCUGGCAGUGCUGCCCAAGUGUGUGCCGCAGCUGCGGCUGCUCAGCCUUAGACACACAAAGAUCCAGGAUGUGUCGGCGCCGGCGGAGCUGCCAUGUCUACAGACGCUCAUCCUCGAUGGGACCAAAGUGACGGAGGACUCUCUCAGACGACUGGCCAACCAUCCUACACUGUCCCACCUCAACCUGGCAGGCAUCCCAGUUCCUGAUGGCAACCAGGUGUUGGAGAUCGUCUCAGGUCUUCGUCUGCAUCAGCUGGUCCUCCCGGGGCGCCACGCCGUUACCGACCUCGGGAUCUCCUUCCUCUCCAGACUGAGCCUUCUGUCCGAACUGGACCUGACAGACUACACCAAGGUCACGGACCAUGGAGUCCAGCAGCUCAGCUCCUUGACCAGGUUGAAGAGGCUUUGGCUCAUCAACACUCUGGUGACAGACGCCGGGCUUCCAUCGCUGCGCUGUUUGGUGGAGCUGCAGGAGUUGGGUUUGGACCGGACGUCGGUCGGCAGCCGGGGCGUAGCCGAACUCAUCAUCUGUCUGCCGCACCUGGAGGUGCUGGGACUGGCGAGCACCCAGGUGGGAGACUCAGUGUUCCGCAUGGGUCUGAUCCACUGCACUCAGCUGCAGAAGGUCAACCUCAACCACACACGCAUCACCAACAACAGUCUGAAGUAUCUGAAGCGCAUGCAUCUGGCCUACGUGAGUCUGGACAGCACCGGCAUCACCCUGAGCGGCAUCACCAGCCUCAUGGGCUGCGCUAACCUCUGCAACGUCCGGGCCUCUGUCACCCGCGUGAUUCCCCGGGAGCAGGUGUCGGACGAGGAGUGGGAGGAGCAGUGAAAGCAGGUCAGUCCGCGUCGGCUGGCCUGGGACUGCAGCGCCUCCCAAGCUUGCACUGUUGACCCCAGUUCAGUCUGCAGGAGCCAGAACCAGACCUCGUGUUUCAACGGGUGGCGGUGAUCGUGUUUACAUGUGUAGAACCGGAGUAUUUAAUCCAAGUGACCACCUCCCCCACCGUGCUCCUUGCUUGUGUCACUAAUGAUCAUGAGGUGUGCAGAAGCUUGUUGCACUCAGUCGCUCACUUGUGUUUCUGAAGGACCCACUAAUGAUCUCAGGUCUGUUUUCUUUUUGAUAUUUUUGGCAAAAAAACAGCGUUUUUCUUGGUUCAGGACAGAACAGGCCUUUCUAUUGUUGAAGCUCAGAAGGAGAGGCAUAGAGGCAGCAGGACGGCCAAUCACGACUGUUCCUUAUUCAACAUGAUGACACUAACUGGAGUGAGCAGCAGCUGAACCUUUCACAUCCUCAAGCUUUAUCUUGUUUCACGUCAAGGCUGGACCUCACCUGGAGUCUUAAGGGGACCGUGAGAAGUAGUGACCGGAGUGUGUCAGUAGACUGGUAGUGAGUGUCGGGGAGGGCCAUUCACUCAACUCUGAAGACAACACUGUUCUGUUUAUUUUAGGAUCCAAAAUCUCUUGAACCGUUUUUUUCUUGUCAGAUUUUAUUUUUUUAUUUAAAUUUGCCCAGACAUCAACGCUUGUAUAAUCUGAUAGUUUUAUUUUUCUAAAACAUUUCCCGUUCAGGUGUUCUGUGCUCAGGUUUCCACACUUUUUUUGUCCAAAGCAUGAGGCGCUGACUCAUAUAACCUGGGGCAUCCACGUAGCAACAAUAGUUCCCAGUCCUAAAGCUAACAUUUUAAAGUAUAAAUCCUUAACUGAAAGAUAAAAUAGAUGAUAAAAAGUCUGAAUUCACAUCUGUAGCAUAGUUUAACUGAAGGUUGUGGUUCCUGAUGUCAGGAUUCAAGAGUGAAGGGAAGGAGACGGCCUGUCCCGAACAGUUCUCCAUGAGCGUCGUACUUUAGACAAUCGACUGUUCAGUCUUGCGUGUGACGUUUUGAGCAGCAGAUCUAUGCAACCGUGUUACUAACAAUCCAAAGUUUCUCUUGUUUACAGAGAUGUACACAAUUUUAUUUUCCCAAAAGCUUGAUUUUUCAAUAAAACACUGAGGUACAGAGACUCCCGCGCUUGUCGUUCGUCAGACAAACCUUUAUUGCAUUACACUGUUAAAUAAAGGCAGAUGCUCGUUUACACUGGAGGAGGGGCACGUGUCAACUUUUAAAUAUCAUAAAACAGAUAUGACCUAAAAGCUGCUGGAGGGUAAAACUGUGGCCAAAAUAAAAGUUCCUAUGAUGACGGCACAUCCCAGGGGCGUCCGGAAUGUGCAGAGGAUGCCGUGUCAGCCAAUCGGAGAGCAGCCUGAUGUGAGGAGGUGAAGUUACAGUACGACCAUGACGAGAGCCCCUUCAGUAGUCGAGUUCUAGAUGUCGUGCGCUUGCUUCUCGAUCUUCGAUUUCAAGUGUUCCUUGUAUGCCAAGAUGUCCCUCUUCCAUUUGGUGAUGGUCUGGUUCUCGCAUACCCAGAUCUCUUGCGCCACCUGGAGGAAGGAAGGAGACAUUUAGAUGCCGUUUUCAAACUAGACAGGUCACCUGUCCUGUUACAGGACACCAACAGUCGGGUGUUUUUAACUGCAGCGAGCUCCUGAAAUCAUCACUGUGGAACACUAUGCUGCUAGCAUGUGAUGUCUUCCUUCACAUCAAGUGAGAACCCUUGUUUGAAGCUCAAUGUGGCACAUUGAGUCUUCUGACUGAGACAUGAUCCUGGAGGGGUUCAGUACCAGUUCAGUGAAGAAAAACUGGAGACGUGCCAAAGCCAACUUGGUCCAGCUAGCUAGCAUGGUCACGCUAAUGCUCACAUU